CACCGACAGUAACAGGUAACCAUCAUCAUUCAAAUUCCCAAAUCCCACCGGAACCCUAAUCACAAACUCACGCCAUGAACUUUUUUAAAUCCAUCAUCUUAGACGAUGAGGAGCCUCAGAGCCCUCGACAACCAAACCUGGACUCCGCCCUCAACCCGCCGCCCCAAGAUCCUACUCCAAAUGACGGAUGGAGCUUCGGGAGCUUGAUCAAAACCCUAGCAACCACAUCCGAAUCGAUGAUCGAGACAUACAGCAGAGAUCUGAAGGAGUUUGGAUCGGGUCUCAGAAAGGAAUCCGAUAUCAUCCGCGAAGCCGCGACCAGAGCUGUGAAGGAGCUCCCAGCGUCAAUCGAAGCCGGAACUUCGGCGGCGCAAGGCGUCCUGAAGUCGACGGCGGAGAUCAUCUUGCAGGAGCCGCAGCUUUCGGAUGGGGAGACCGAUACGCCGGAGAUCAAUCGGAGCUUGAAUUUGGGGCGCUACAGUAGGUUCGAGGCGCAGCUGAGUGCGAUCCAGACCGAUUUGAAUACGUUCUGUCAGGAGCCUGAUGAUUUGGAGGACUACGAUAAGUGGAGAUCGAGCUUUACCCUUGAUGAAAAGAGUGGCGAGAUCGAGGGUUUGAUUGGGGAGAAUGGGGCUCUGGAUGCUAAUUUUAGAAAGAUUGUGCCAAAUGUAGUUGAUCAUGAUACAUUUUGGUGUAGGUAUUUCUACAGAGUGGAUAAGCUCGAGCAGCAGGAGAAGUUCCGGGCUAAUCUUGUGAAGAGGGCGAUAUCGGUGGAUGAAGAGGACGAUGAGCUGUCAUGGGAUGUUGAUGAUGAUGAGGAGAAGGAUGGUGGGAAGGCGAAGGGCGUCGGUGAUAAUGGGAACUCGAUUCCUGGUGAGAAAGGAGGGAGUUUGACUGGUGAAUUGCAGGAAGGAGGCAAAGCCCCUGUGGCUGAUUUGUAUGAGAGAGAAACCACAUCUGAUAAAGAGACAAGUUAUGAGAGAUUGAAAUCUGAGGAAAGUGUCAAGGAGAAAACUGACGAGAAUGUGGGUGUCAAAGGGGAAGCUGCUGCACAAGUGGUGAAGACGGAGGAAGAAGAUAUCGAGUGGGACGAAAUUGAGGACAUUGGAAGUGACAAUGACAAGAAAGAUCCGAUUGGUGAGAGGCCGAACAGAGAAGAACUGAGGAAGCAGCUCAGUGCUGCAGAUGAUGCUGAGGAUUUGAGUUGGGAUAUUGAGGAGGAUGAUGAGCCAGUGAAAACUUGAUGGCUGCAACGACGUGAUACAAUGGCUUCCUCCGUCGAGCUAAAGCUGCUGGAUUGGCAAAUGAAAGGGAUAACGAAGAAUGAUCCCAUUGAAGCUACCUACCAAGUAAAUAUUUGGAUAUGUAAUUUUUUUCAAAAUGAUGAAAUGUGUUUUAAUUCUUUGCUGUUACUCUUCAUGUGAAAGUGAAAGUAUGCUGUAAUUGCCUUUCUUUAUGUGGCUCAAUAAAGUAUUCGUUGAUGAAGAAUUGUAAACCUCUAUUUUAAGAUGUUAAUAUAAAAUUUAUGUUUCUGUCU